GUUUAUCUAACACUUGAAGAAAAUGCUUGAAGUCUUUAUUUUGAAGAUUGAAAAUCCAAACUGCUUUUGGGUUGGCAUAAAAGGAGGUGGAACGUUUAUAAUUGAUGAAAUGGAAUAUAAAAAACUUCAGUCUGAGAUGAAUCAGUUCUAUAACAAGACUUACAGAUAUGCGGAUGAAGUCAAGCCGCCUACGUUAGAAGAGGGACAGGUUUGUGUUGUUUAUUGUCAGGAGCUGAAAUCCUGGUGUAGAGCUGUUGUUAAAUCAUUCAAAUCACAUAAAGAUUAUUGUAUCACUGAGUGCUUCCUUGUGGAUUAUGCCCAAAUUGUUCAUGUGAAAACAGACAGAAUUUGUGUUGCCUUAGAAUCGUUUAUGAGAUUGCCCUACAGAGCAAAAAAGUUUCAGUUAUACUGUACCAAACCAGUAACUCUACGUGUUAACUACUAUACCAACAAGGUAGAGACAGUUCCUGUUGACAGAUGGGAUAUAGCAGCUAUCCAGUAUUUCCAAGACCUCCUGCAUGUAACCACCCAAGUGGAGGCCAAGUUGUGUGCUUUUAAAGAAGACAGUUUUGAUGUCUAUCUUUAUGUCACAAUAAAGGGUGAAAAGGUAUGUGUGAAUGAUGAUCUUGUUGCAAAGAAUUAUGCUUGUUAUGAGAUAAACAGUAAAACAAACAGCACUGUGGAGAACCAAAAUGAAAAAACAUCAUUAAGUAUUGAGUCUGCUUCAGAGGAGAUCAAUCCUGCAUAUGUUCUGUGGCCAAAGUUGCUGCAAGCCAAAAAACCAAAAGUUUUUGACAUGUCUGGUGAUCUUUCUGAUGGAUGUCAGAGAACAUCAUACAAGCCUUCACAAGAAAAUGACUCAUAUAAUAGGGAUGUAAUACUGACUAUCCCUCCUUUGAUGCAAGGUGUAACAGUUUCCGUACAGGGAGAUCUACCAACAGACCAAAAAACUACUGAAAUGCAACAAAUGGAGAAAGAUCUUUCUGAGAAAAAUCCUGGUGUGAAGCUUCUGCAGUUUUUAAAUCCUGAUCCUCUGAAAGCUGCUGAUCAACAAGAUGAGAGAGAGGCACUUCUGAGUGUCUGCCAACUUUGUCCUGUUGUUCUUAGCAAUAAAAUUGAACCAUGCUCAUCUCUGGAAAUGGCACCACUUUUUCUGGCUCUGAAGAAGGAACUUCUAAAGAACCAAUUCCAAGGUCCUAAUCAUACACAGUCUUACUCCUGGCCAGCAAUAGCUCGUGGCUAUGAUUCAGUUAUCAUCUCUCCUGAAAAGGAUCCACUUGUGUAUCUUCUGCCAAUUAUUACAUUCUUGCAGUCAAGAAGUUGCUACAUAUCUUUACCAGCUAGAAAUGGCCCAGUAGCUUUAAUCCUGUGUCCUGGACAGAAGAAAGCAGAAUGGGUGUUUCAAUUCCUGGAAAAUUACAGCUAUUGUUCCAGGUCUCUUCACCCAGUACUACUCUUACUAGGAAAGAAUAAGGAAGAAAUUAAGAGUGUACGAAUUCCAAGAGGAUGUGAAAUAAUUGUAACAACUCCACACAGCCUUCUGCGGCUGCUUGAAUACCAGUGCUUAUUGUUCCUUAGGCUCUGUCAUCUUGUGCUUGAUGAGGCUGAUGUGCUUUUCUCUGAGGACAGUGAUCAAAUAUUUAAAAUUUUGGAAUGUUACAAAACAAAUUUGAGUGUUGAAGGUAAAGAGUCUGCACCACAACAGAUUGUUGCUGUUGGAACACAUUGGAACAAAAAUAUAGAUUAUUUAAUGGAAGAGUUCAUGAAUGAUCCAUAUGUAGUGAUUACUUCCUUGCAAGAAGCUGCCAUAUAUGGCAAGGUACAACAGGUAGUACAGCUCUGCCUUGAAUGCAACCGCAUGUCUGCUUUACUUCAGAUUCUGGAUUUUACACCUAUGGAUGCUCAAAAGACAUUGAUUUUCACUAGGAGUGUGGAAGAAAUGGAAGUGGUUCACAAGGCAGUAGAGAGCUCUUCAAUAUUUUGUUUGAAAAUGAACUCAGAAAUUGGAUUUGAUUUCAGUAAUGUUGUAGAUCAGUGGAACAAACAAUUUAAUUCUGGCACAAAUGUAGUCUUAGUUUUAACUGAUGACUACACAACAGCCUUAGGAAUUACAGAUGCAACAUGUGUCAUUCAUUUCAGUUUUCCUGCAUCUCCAAGAAUCUUUGGUGCACGCUUAUACAACAUGUCUGCUAACUUCCAGAAUUCCAUUAAAAAGGUUCUUUCAGGAAAAGAACAGCCAAAGGCCAAAUCCAUCUUACUCUUGACAGAACAUAAUGCAUGCCAGGCAGUUGGAGUACUGAAUUAUUUAAAACGUGCAGAAGCCACUAUUCCACCUGAAUUAUUUGACUUGACUUCUGGAGUGCUGGAGGCCAGAGAGGAGAGUAAGAGUGAGAGACCUCUUUGUCACCACCUUAAAAAACAUGGAUUUUGCAAGAAUAAAAAGUGCUGUCCAGAUCGGCAUCGAAUUAGUUUAGAAACAGAUUUGCCUGGAAAGGUGUCUGAUGUAGCUGUGUCAACUGGAAAUGUAACUAUUCUACCUCUUUUUAUUGUGGAUGCAACAACCUACUUUGGCCGCAUAGUAGAUAAAGAGAAGGAUGUCUACACAGCUUUUGCAGAAGAAAUGAAUCUAUAUUACAAAACAGCUAGCAAUUGCAUCUCUGCUGAGACAGUGGAGAAGCUAACAGUUUAUGCAUUACAGGAAGAAAACACAUUCCACCGGGUUCAAGUGUUGGAGGUGAUGCCGAAAGAGAAAAGUUGCAUGUUUCACAAUGUGCAUAUCAGGUACAUAGAUGAAGGCAGGACUGGUCAAGUUCAAAGUUACCGCUUGCUUCUCUUACCAGAACCAUUUCAACUGUUGCCCCCUCAAGCUGUGGAGUUCAUUAUUUGCAGGGUUAGACCCAUUGAUAAUGAAGUAGAGUGGAACCCAAAG